UACUCAUCGGAACGGACUUGCCUGAUUGAUAACACUCCUGCCCAAACAAGCCAGCAUGCUGGUGCCUCCAGCUCAUCUUCCGUCUUGCCAACAAGCUCUGCUUUCAUCUGUCUGCCUUCGCAACCAAAACUAACCUGCCCUAUAAAUCCUCUUGCUGGUCGUGAUUCGAUGCCUACCGGGUCAAGUAGUGUUCAGGUUCCAGGAGACUCCUUCCGAUUCAAGCGCAGUCGUCCUCUCUUGCUUUCAGAGAAGCAGAGAGCUAGUUCACCUUUGAAAAACGAGCUUCAUGAUUCUAAUUCAAAAACGGGCACUAUUCAGGGGCCUACAGGUGACAAUGGGCUUGUCCUUUUAUCACAGAAAUCGCUUAAUCGGAAACGACUGGAAUCAAAUCCGGAUGUAUUGCACUGCCAUGAGGAAGCCGUAAUGCCCUUGACAUCCGGAGGAAUGUCUUCCGCUAGUCGCCGCGCAUGGUACGAACGCGGUAGUGUCGGUAGGCGAACCACAGAGUGUGUUGUUCUUCGUUUAUCACAAGUAUACUUUCGGCAAGCUCGAUUCCCACCUACAAGCAAAUUGAAAUCUGAUUUGAAACUGAUUAAUUCUAUGGCCGUGAUAGAUAGUGAUACUCCGCAACAGCAGCAGUUGGCUAACUCUGAUACCAAAGAUUCAAAUCCGCACAACUCAGAUGCUCGACAGUCCACAUCAUGCGACCACUGGCACAUCAGCCCGCCUAGCCAACCGGAUAGCCGUUACGUGAUUCGCAUAGGCGAAUUGCUCAUCACCGAUCGAGUUUCUGCCUCCCGAGUCAACCAACUACUUUACCCAUUAUGUCGGACCUCUGAGAUCAUACCUGUUUGCUACCCUCCUACAGAUACAUCACUGGCGAUGCUGCGGGCCACGCUCGUUUAUCGCCGCAUCAGUCCAAGCCUGGCUCCGCGGGUGCUGGCUUGGCCAAAAUCGGUCGGCUCUGAUCGUAAAGGUGUUCAGGCCAAGAGAAGAGAUGAGUUACUCUUUAAUGGAGGAAAAAGGUGUUGA